ACUGCGUUUACAGAGGAUCACCUAAACGUAAUAUUGAAUACAGACGACAUAAUCACCGGUAAGUGUGGAUCUAACAGACGGUGACUGUUUCUCAAGGAUAGGCCUAUGAGGACCAGCUGUGAUUUGGAGAGAAAGUCCUCCGUCGACGUCUCUUGAGGUUUCAUUUCCAACAUGGAUCACUUGUCUCGGGGUCUCUGUGGUUAAAGCUGUCAACUACUGGACUACUGAAUUAUUCAAUAAACGGCAGGUUGGCUGGGUCAUGCUGAUGGACCAGGACACCCAGUGGCUAUAUGCACUCCUAGCUGAGGUCCAGCUGGAGAAGUUCUACCUCCGCGUCAGAGAUGGACUCAACAUCACACGCAUCGAUCAUUUCGCCUACGUGAAGGAGAGCGACCUGGAGCAGAUCGGGAUUAGUAAACCUGCUCAGAGGAGACUAUGGGAGGCUUUAAAACGUUUCAAGAUAAAUUCACGAUCACGGAUGUCAAAGGCGUUAAGCCGAAGUCAGGAUGGGCCAGAGCUGUGGGGUGGAGGCGCCCCUGCUCAGAGUCAAGAGGGAGGGAGCCGUGCUCUCCCAUCUCUGAUCCAGGACAGCGAGCUGGUCCUUGGAGAGAAGCUCGGGUCUGGGUCCUUCGGAGUGGUGAAGAAGGGCGAGUGGCACACACCCACUGGGAGAGUGUUGCCUGUAGCAGUAAAGUCGCUGAGGAGCAGUAUGUCCAGGCAGACAGAGACACUGAAAGACUUUCUUCAAGAGGUGACCACCAUGCAGUCGCUGGACCACCCUAACAUCAUACGACUGUAUGGUGUAGUGCUCACACAGCCUCUCAAAAUGGUAACAGAGUUAGCUCCCUUAGGCUCACUGUAUGACACCCUGCGCUCACGUCAGUACGAGUACCCUCUGGUCCGCCUAUGGCUUUUUGCGACUCAGAUCGUGGCGGGGAUGGAUUACCUGGAGACCAGAAGGUUCAUCCACAGAGACUUGGCUGCCAGAAACGUCCUGCUGGCAUCCAGGGAGAUGGUAAAGAUCGGGGACUUUGGCCUGAUGAGAGGCCUGAGCCAGGAGGCCGAUCACUACGUCAUGUCAGCACACAGGAGGAUCCCGUUCGCAUGGUGUGCUCCAGAGAGUCUCCGCAUCGGCUCGUUCUCCCAUGCCUCUGACGUGUGGAUGUUUGGUGUCACCCUGUGGGAGUUGUUUACCUACUGCGAGGAGCCAUGGUUCGGUCUGUCAGGAAGACAGAUUUUGUGGCGUGUGGAGCGGGAGGGAGAGCGUCUGGAGAAACCACCAGAUUGCCCCCAAGAGUUGUACGCUGUGAUGAGGAAGUGCUGGGCCUGCAGUCCGGGAGACAGACCCAGCUUUGCUCAGCUUAUUACGAUGGUAGCAGAGGCUAAACCAAUGGAAGUCCAAGCAACUAGAGACUUUUCUGAACCGAGGAAACUCGCCCUGGUGGCCAACGACCUUGUGACCGUCAUAGACCAUGGGCUGGAGCUGUGUGAAUGGAGGGGUCAGAACCACAGAACGCUGACUGUCGGCUGGUUUCCUGCCACCCUCACUGCACCAGUUGUCCCUCAAUCUGUGAUUGCUGCACUCCCUGGAAACACUGCACCCAACCCUUCCACUAACACCCCACAUAUCUCAGCUCCACUGAAGGGCAGCCUGCAGCACACGGGGCAUGGAGACAUCAAACCUGAGCGUACAUGGGGAACACCUGAAGGCCCAGACGAGAACAGCAGCUGGAGGCCGAACCCUGCCAGGGAGAAGGAGGGGAGUAAUCUGCAGAAAAUGGCAGGAAUGUCUCAGAGCCUGGAGUCUGUCGUGAGAGGCCACCGUCCUCGUGCUCACACAGUAGGUGUGGUCCGAGUGGAUCACCAAGGCCGGCUGUUGCCUCCAGUGAUGGCAGCUCACAGUGUGGUGAUGCAGCAGGACCCACGCCGCUUCAGCGAGGCCAGCAUCAUCCCGCCUCCCCGGCCUCCACCUCCUAAUUUUAAACACCCGAAAAUGAAACCACAGAAGAGGCCGACCAUUCACCCGCUCCCAGGGACCACGUGGCCCCCACAGAUGGUCAUCCCUCCUCCCAUGCACACACAACUUCCACCUCCACAACAUCAGCCUCAGCCGGGCAUGGGGGGGUCAAACCUGGCUAAAAUGAGCAACAUGGCGCGGUCGACGCCACAGCUGGAUGAUUACACAGACAGCAGAGAGAGGGAAAGAGGAAGAGAGAGAGACAAGUCACCUCAGGUGCACAACAGCAGGGACAGCCUCAUUGCACAGGUUAUGGAGGCCGUACAUGGAGCAACCACUGAGGAGGUUCAUAUCGCACUUCAGCGUAGCGACUGGAACCCUAUCAGAGCCGAACAACAACUCAAGCUAGAGCAGCUGUACUCACUGAGCCUCUGCUCCAGAGAGGACUGUCUGCGGAUCCUCACCAGGUACCAGUGGAACCUGCAGCUGGCCAGCCGCUACCUGAUCCGGUGGUCACGGGAUGGACAGAGCUCAGGGGAGAGAGAGCGAGCCCAAGUUAGCAAUGAAAGAAGAGUCUGAGUUGAUCUUCAGGCCAAUUUGCCUUCAAAUAAUGAGGGCUGACUUCUGAGCAGCAUUUUGACACUCUGACACUGAAGAAACACGUUUUCAUUGACUGGCCUGAUUAUGGGAAUGACUGGGAGGUCACGUGUAUAUUAAAGUAGGAGAAGGUUGAAUGUAAAAGAAAAAAGAGAAACACAAAAAUUAAAAAUGCCAUGUUUUUGACUCCAUUUUUAUACUUUUCCUGAUACACUAUGCAGCACAGUCUGACUUUUUAAAAACUGUUUUUGUAUGUUGACUAAUUUGUAAAUAUUGUAUGAGAAAUUGUUAUACUGAAUAAAAGUAAGUGAUCUGGUGUAAA